AAGUCUCCUUCCCUUAGCGACCUCGGGUUGACCUUUUGUAGCUCUUAGUCCUGGGUUCACAAAAGCGCCCCUUUUGGCCCCCGCGCUGCAGGCGUUGCUCUCGACACCUCCAUCCUUGCCAUCCAUCGGAUGUGGGGAGGCACGGGCCCUUUAAGAGCAGUAGGACCGGCGGCGAGCAGAAGCUUGGAAGAGAACGCUGUCGCUGCUCGACUAGCUCCGGAGGACAGGCGCUCAGGACCAGACUAGAGGACCGGGCGGAUUCAUCCAAGAGAAGUCAGGGCGAAACCUCAACCAACCCUCUGCAACCGUGUCAUCCUUUCUGACCUGAGCCCGGCCUUCCUCUACUGCCCGCCCCGGCCUGGCCCCGCCCCGGCCCGGGCUACCGGGACAAGGGAGCCGGGGCGCCGGUGCCGCACCGGAGGCAGGUGAGGAGAGCCAGGAGUGUCCACCUCCCGCUCUGCGGCGCUGAGCAUCCUGGUCGAGCAUCCCGGUUGAGCAUCUCUGCUGAGCAUCCUUGCGUCUCGCGAGCCGGAGGCGCGUCAAGGUGACCAGGCCAGCUGUGUGAUGGCGGAGAAGGCACUGGAGGCCGUGGGCUGUGGACUGGGGCCUGGGGCUGUGGCCAUGGCUGUGGCGCUGGAGGACGGGACAGAGCCCCCCGUGCUGCCCACGCAUCUAAAGAAGGUGGAGAACCACAUUACAGAAGCACAACGUUUCUCUCACCUGCCCAAGCGCUCUGCUGUGGACAUCGAGUUUGUGGAACUGUCCUAUUCCGUGCGGGAGGGGUCCUGCUGGCGCAAACGGGGUUACAAGACCCUCCUCAAGUGCCUGUCUGGUAAGUUCUGCCGCCGAGAGUUGAUUGGCAUCAUGGGCCCCUCCGGGGCUGGCAAGUCCACGCUCAUGAACAUCUUGGCAGGGUAUAGGGAGUCAGGGAUGAAGGGGCAGAUCCUGGUUAAUGGAAAGCCACGAGAUCUGAGGACCUUCCGCAAGAUGUCCUGUUACAUCAUGCAAGACGACAUGCUUCUGCCACACCUCACGGUGCUGGAGGCCAUGAUGGUCUCGGCCAACCUGAAGCUGAGUGAGAAGCAAGAAGUGAAGAAGGAACUGGUGACAGAGAUCCUGACAGCCCUGGGCCUGAUGUCCUGCUCUCACACGAGGACAGCCCUGCUCUCUGGAGGGCAGAGGAAGCGCCUGGCCAUCGCCCUGGAACUGGUCAACAACCCACCUGUCAUGUUCUUCGAUGAGCCUACCAGCGGUCUAGACAGCGCUUCUUGUUUCCAAGUGGUGUCCCUCAUGAAGUCCCUGGCCCAUGGGGGGCGAACUGUCAUCUGCACCAUCCACCAGCCCAGUGCCAAGCUCUUUGAAAUGUUUGACAAGCUCUACAUCCUGAGCCAGGGACAAUGCAUCUUCAAGGGUGUGGUUACCAACCUGAUUCCCUAUCUGAAGGGGCUUGGCUUGCACUGUCCUACCUACCACAACCCCGCUGACUUUAUCAUUGAGGUGGCCUCUGGCGAGUACGGAGACCUGAACCCCAUGCUGUUCAGGGCUGUGCAGAAUGGCCUUUGCACCAUGGCCGAGAAGAAGAGCAGCCCCGAGAAGAAUGAGGUCGCUGCCCACUGCCCCACUUGUCCUCCGGAAGUGGAGACUAUCGAAAGCCACACUUUUGCCACCAGCACCCUCACCCAGUUCUGCAUCCUCUUCAGGAGGACUUUCUUAUCCAUUCUCAGGGACACGGUCCUGACCCACUUGCGGUUUAUGUCACACGUGUUGAUUGGCGUGCUCAUUGGCCUCCUCUACCUGCACAUCGGCGAUGACGCCAGCAAGGUUUUCAACAACACCGGCUUCCUCUUCUUCUCCAUGCUCUUCCUCAUGUUCGCAGCCCUCAUGCCGACGGUGCUCACCUUUCCCUUAGAGAUGGCAGUCUUCAUGAGGGAGCACUUGAACUACUGGUACAGUCUCAAAGCGUAUUACCUGGCCAAGACAAUGGCUGAUGUGCCCUUUCAGGUGAGUCUCUUCCUGAGCACUGCCCCAGCGCAUUCAUAGGGGAUCCCAUGGAAUGUGGGGUCUAAUGGGAAAAUGGACAGCAAACUAGGAAUAGUAACCAUAGUAACCAUAGCUAGGUGUGGUGGCUCACCUCAUUCCAACCCUUGGCAGUGGGGAAGAGCUGAGACAGGAGGAUUGCCAUGAAUUCAAGUCCAGCCAUAUCCCAAAAUAAAUAAAUAAAAAGGUGGCCUUAAUAGCAGAAUAACAAAUGUCUCUAUCUGUUAUGGGCAGCAGAGAGCGCAUAGGCUCUAGAGCCUUGCUCACUUUCCAGCUAUAAGACAUUGUGCAUGUCACCCCGUUCCUCUUUGCUUUAGCAGUGUUCCCGCCUGUAAGACAGAAUUCCAUCAGUGUCUUCCUCAGAGCUGUGCUUUAGAAUUAAACGACUAAAGGCAUACAAAGUUUAAUUUUUAUAUUUUGAGACAGG